AUGGAGCUGGACGAUGAAUCCCACAAAAUGAUCGAUCUACUCGAAAGUAUAAAACCGUCUGAUCAAAGCGACAACGAAAGCGAGUCGCAAUUCCCCGUAAAAGUCCACAGAUCCUUUCGAACGCGAAUAACCGAGUGGUAUUCUGGAUGGAGAUUCACUCUUGCAUUGGCCUCAUUUGCGAGCAUCAUCGUUCUGGCAUUCAAUCUCGGUUUUGUCAUAUGGGCUGCUGCGCACCAUAAAGUCAAGGAAAACCGGGGCGCUCUGCAUGACGGGAAUUGUGAGAAGGUGCAACAUAUGAGUACGGGCUUGCAUUUCGCCAUCAAUAUCCUCAGUACGAGCCUAUUGGGUGCAAGCAACUACUGCAUGCAAUGUUUAUCCGCACCGACCAGGAAAGAUAUAGACCGUGCCCAUGGUAAGGGCAGAUGGCUCGACAUAGGUGUGCCCAGUAUCCGAAAUCUGCGACAGGGAUCCCGAAAACGCGCUAUUUUGUGGUUGUGCUUGGUUCUGUCGUCUCUGCCACUCCAUCUAGUGUACAACUCGACCAUAUUCGCCAUUACCUCGGCCAAUUCCUACUGGGUAUUUACUGCACCAGAGGGUUUUGUAAAACAGGAUAUGCAGAAUAUCACUUCUGACAAUGGAGACACUACCAAUGACGCCUUGAGCCGCCUGCGUGCCGAAGCGCAGAAUGGAACCCUUCAGCGCCUCGAUAUCUCUCAGUGUGUUAAUGCAUAUGCAACAGACUUCCAGACCACCUAUGGGAGCUUGAUACUUGUGACAAACGAUACUGAUCAACCAGAUCAGUACCAGUCAGUCGCACAGCAAACCACCUUUUUGCCGGAAGAGAACCUCCGAACUUCCGCUUCAGACCCGUAUAAGUGGAUCUGCUCAGCCCAAGCAGAGGCAAAAGAUCAUACUUGUAGUCAGCUUCUUUCAGAUGUAAAGGACCAAGCUUCCAAGAACGAUUGGUACGUGGACCGUUACCGAGUCGCAUACUGUCUUGCGGAGCGGCCACCACAACGUUGCAAGCUAGAAUACAGCCUCCCAUUAGCGAUCACCGUGAUCGUCUUCAACUUGGUUAAGGCCAUCAUAAUUGGAUACACCGCUGCAAGUGCCACGAAAAAGCCUAUCCUGACGACAGGAGAUGCGGUCGUUUCUUUCAUGCUGAAACCCGACGAGUUUACACGGGGUCAAUGCCUCCUCACCAGAGAAUCCGUGAAGACGCGCCGCUGCCGACCGAGCUACAAAUCAUCCAUGUUCAAUAGCACGCCAAAGCGAUGGCACGCAGCUGUCUCAGGCAGGCGUUACCUCCUUGGACUCGUCUCAUAUGCCGUCGCCAUCGUCAUCUGCACCGGCCUUCUUAUAUUCGGAGUUCUGAGUAUGAGGGACAAAUCGAACACCUGGACGAUGGGUCUUGGUGCGAUCAACGCUCAGACCCUAAUCACAGGGACCAGAUGGGUGACAUCGCUCAUUUCCAACGUGCUCGUCGCCAACACGCCCCAACUACUCUUCUCCAUCAUCUACUUCACCUUCAACGCCAUCUUCACCGCCAUGACCCUUGCCGCGGAAUGGAGCCGAUACGCCAACCACCGCAAGGGUCUGCGUGUCUCCGGUCCCCCCGAAGUCGCUCAACGCAGCAGCUACUUCCUCUCCCUCCCCUACCGCUUCGCCGUCCCCGCGUUGACCUUUUCCGCCCUUCUCCACUGGCUCCUCUCGCAGAGCCUGUUCGUGGUUGGGAUUGAAUCGUACACCGGCAACCUACAACGGGACCCCGCGCGGGAUUUUAUUACAUGCGGAUACUCUCCCCCGGCUAUCUUGAGUGCGAUUCUUGUGGGGGUGGUGAUGGUGGCCUGGCUGGUCGGGUUCAGUUUCAGGCGAUUGGAGUCCGGGAUGCCCGUUGCGGGAAGUUGUAGUCUAGCUAUUGCAGCGGCUUGUCAUCCCACAUUGAGUAUUCAAGGGGAUAAGUAUGUGGAGGAGGAAGGGAAGUUGGGAGCGGAGCAGAUGAGGUUGCAGUGGGGGGUUACCUAUGUCGAUGCGGACGGGGAGGGACAUUGUAGCUUCUCGAGUGAGAAGGUGGGAGUACCGGAAGAUGGGAAAAUCUACCGGUGA